AUGCAGGGGGGUCCUGUCAUCUGCAACGGGAUCCCUUCCGUCACUAUCAGCAUCCUUCCACACCCCCGGUCCCGAGCCCGCACCUCCCUGCUCCUACGACGGGGAGGGGCCCUAGGACCGGGAUCUGGAUGCAUGUCUGACAGGCUAUUUACUACACCAGAUAUGCGGAAGAACCGUCAAAGACUAACAUUGGCUGCAUCCGUCGUCUUGAAAAAAGAAGAAAAUGAGAUAGACCUAGAGAAAUCUCUUGUUGAGCAAGGCGGUGACAUGCUGUCAGGAGUUUUCUUUGCCGGACAAUGCAGAGAGCUCGGCCUCAUCGUCGACAUUGCCAACGCUUCAAGCAUGUCUCUGCGUGAUAUGGCACUGCAGCUCGUCGAAAGUAACCCCGAGCUUUUACGCCCCAGUACCGCGAUGGACUGCAGAUCUGCUUCUGUUCCCCACACUCUUCUGCAGAGUCUGUACCGUAACUUCGGGGCGUCAACGGGGGUCACACUGGAUGUUGAUAUUCCAUUGACCCUCGAGGAUGUUACAAAGAUGUUGCAGAGACUGGUUGAGAGACAUCCAAUUCUUGGUAGUACAGCUGAGCCUAAUGACAAAACCUCCUAUGUCUUUUCAAACACUGUACCGUCGCCUAUUUUGGUGUCGUUUGAAUCAGACAAGACCCACGCUGAGAUGAGAAUGUUACAGGAGGAUUCAAAAUCCAAAGUAGCUGUCUUCAGUGUCAUGGCUUUUGGGGAAGAAUCCCGUAUCACGAAUCUCAGUUUUGUAGCAGACAAUGCCGCUAUUGACGCCCAGUCGUGGAGUAUCCUACUUCAUGAUAUUCAGGCAUUUCCAGCAGGGUUUAAUGACUUGACUACUCAGUCGAACACUUUUCCCAACUGGAUUGAGUCCGCGUUUCGGGUAACAGACACAACUGUCGAAACUGCUGGAACUACUAAACUACCCAUCCACUCCGAGAUGUCAGCGGAAGACUCCUCUCCAGCUCUUUCGUCCUGCGUUUUCACCUUGAACCCGGAGCUGACGCAAGCAAUUCAAAGCGAGGCAUGCCACCGGACUUUGCGUACAGAAGUUCAAGAUGUAAUGUUCGGUGCUUUGGCUUCCACUUUCGGAACACAGCUGCCUGCUUCAGCAAGAUAUUUAGAGAUCAAGGAUGGUCGGCCUCAAGACGAAGGCAAUGCUUGGAACAGUGUCAUCGGAUGUUUUGAUGAGAUUUUCGAGCUAGCUUAUGAAUGUCAUGGAGACAUAAUCGAUGCUUGUCGCAGCGCGAAAGACUCUAGAAAGCAAUCAUCGUUGUCCCCUGUUCACUAUGCAUCUUGCAGAUACAAUCUCAUCCUUGAUACAACUUGGCUCAAGGCAUGCAUUGGCACCUCAUCUACUGGUAAGAUGCGGUUGAUGGACAACGAGCCAGGUCGAUAUGCUGCGGAGGCCCUAGUUAAGUCAAUGGGUGGGCUCUGCAUGACCCCCUUUUGGCAGGGCACAGGAUUGAGCUUCUUGGUUGUUUCUAGCACUGACUUCGGAAGCGAUGAAGAUCUGAAGCUCAAUUCUGAAAUGUUCAUCAAUCAUGUGCAACAUAUUUCAGAGACGCUACCCAACCGUUCCCCUUGGCCAACUCUCUCCGACUUCCCGCAUGUAUCAUUUGACUAUCCAUCUCUGGACCGCAUGUUUCAGCAAAAGCUACUACAAAUUACCCAAACCCCUCUUGCCGAUAUUCACAACAUCUAUCCCUGCACCUCCAUACAAGAGAAUAUGCUCAUGGGCAACUCACUUGACAAGGACGCAUAUGUGUGUUCCUUCACUGCUAGAGCCACAACGUCUGGUGCAUUCACACACUUUGACGCUGCCAAGUGGGCCGAGGCAUGGGGUAGAGUCGUCGAGAAACACUCCUCACUCAGGACUAUCUUUAUCGAGAGCGAAGGUCGUCCGGGACACUUUGAGCAAGUCAUACUCAAGAGCGUGGCCGCGCCAGUCGACAUAAUGACAGGUCCUUCAGUACCAUCGAAGAUUGAGUUUCAAGAUUUCAGCGUCCCGCAUCAUCUGGCCAUCAUUCAAGAAGGACCUGGUCGGUGUCUCAUGAUACUAACCAUGUCACACGCCAUAACUGAUGGCCACUCUGCUGAAGUUCUUCUUGGCGAUUUGUGUGCUGAAGCAGUCCAAACUGAUGGUACAGGUGAGGAGGCAUUCGCUUACUCUGAAUUCGCGCUUACCGAAUACCAAUCCACAAACACGGAAGUAUCGGAUUACUGGCAGGAUUAUCUCUUGAAGACACAGGAGACAAUCCUUCCCGUGACACGAGAGAAGUCUGAUUUCCACGACUUUAACACUGUUCAUUCUACCAUGCCGGUGAACGUAUCAUCAAUGGAUCGGAUAUGUCGUCGACAUAAUAUCAACCUGGCCAGUGUCUGCCAAUUUGCCUGGGGCGUUGUGUUGCGCAGUCGUCUCGGUGUUGAUGGCGUGUGCUUCUCAUACAUAUCGUCCUUGAGAAACAAGCCUUUGAAGGGUAUAAUGACAGCUGUUGGACCACUGAUCACCACACUCCUCUGCUCGAUGAACUUGGAAGGGGAAAGACCUGUAUUAGAUGCGAUAAGAGCUGUCGACUCUGAAUACGUGGAGAGUCUAUCUCACGAGAAAGAGCUUUACAACAUAACAUCUCCCCGUCGGUGGUGCAACACCGUCAUGUCAUUCCGUCGAAGGCUUGUUCAAGAUGAUGGAGGGAUUCCUGGAUUGAGUUACAAACUUGUCAAAGCCUUCAGCCCUACCAAUUAUGACUUCUCGCUCAUUGUUUCGGCGGGCCAGUCGGAUCUGGAUAUCAUGUUAGACUACUGGGGGUCUCGUAUGGAUAGAGACAAUGCUCAGAGUCUCCUCCAAAUCUUCCAGGAGGUGCUUCACUCCAUCUUCCGAGAUAUUGAUUCUACUGUGUCCGGUCUCGAUCUCAUCAGUCAAGAUGAUAAGAAUCGUAUCCUAGAGAGAAACCGUCUUGUUCCCAAGGGCCUGAAUCGAUGUGUUCACGAGCUAGUCAACGAGCGCAUUCAGAAACAACCAUCAGCUGUCGCCAUUGAUGCUUGGGAUGGAAGUUUGACAUACAGUGAGUUGGAUAACCUCACUUCUCGUCUCGCUCAAUAUCUAUCGAACAUUGGCGUUGGGCCAGAAGUCCCAGUGGGAAUCUGUAUGGACAAAUCGAAGCUUGUACCGGUCACCGUGCUCGCCAUCUUGCAAGCUGGUGGUGCCGUUCUUCCUAUUGGCGUGGAAGAGCCCGAAGCUCGUGUCGAGGCAAUUCUCGCGGACGCAACCCCAGUAGCCAUCGUUGGUGAUGGAAGACAGGUCACACGGCUUUCUGAAUUAGGUACACAGGUCUUGAAUGUGGUCGAUAUUUUGGCCGACAUGUCUUCUAGCCUGCCAUCGUCAACAUCAAAGCAAGAGACCCGAGCAACGCCAGACACCACCGCAUGGAUCUUCUACACUUCUGGAUCAACCGGGACACCGAAGGGCGUAUUGGUAGAACAUCAAGCCCUGGCCACGAGUAUGCGUGCUCAUGGCGUCGCAUUGAAGGUUCUUCCGGAGGAUAGGGUGCUUCAGUUUGCAGCGCACACUUUUGACGUAUCCCUUUCUGAGUUAUUCACAACCCUCAUCUUUGGAGGUUGUGUCUGUAUACCUGACGAGACCAAUCGUGUCAAUGAUUUAGCAGGUUCGGUUCAUGGUCUACAGGCAAAUGUUCUUUCCCUUACCUCCAGCAUGGCAUCUACUAUCAGACCCAGGGACGUUCCCAUGGUUCGAAAAUUGGUAUUGUUUGGCGAAGAAGUCAAAGCAAGCGUGGUGGAGGCCUGGCUCGGAAAGGCCGACAUUUACAAUGCGUACGGCCCAACUGAAAGCUCAAUAUUCGCUAGUGUCAGUAAGCCGUUUCAGAGCGUGGACGACCUGUCGAACAUUGGAUAUCCUAUGGAUGUCAACUUUUGGGUUACCGAUCCGCAGAACCCAGGACGACUUUGUCCGCCAGGAUCUCCAGGCGAGCUGUUGAUUGAGGGGCCACUUCUGGCGAGAGGAUAUCUCAAUGACGACAACAAGACGUCUACUGCUUUCAUACAAGACCCAUCGUUUGCAUCACUGUUGGGACUUGAGAAAGGGAGACGUUUCUAUCGAACAGGAGAUCUCGUACGACAAAACAGUGAUUUUUCCAUGAGCUACUUAGGUCGGAGAGACACGCAAGUCAAGAUCCGUGGCCAACGACUUGAUGUCUCCGAGGUCGAGCACUGGAUCACAGCGUCUCUAGAGGGUGCAGUCCGCGUUGUAGUUGACCUUCUACCUGGGGCCAUAUUGUUUGCUGCAGUGGAAUUCUCCCCACACGCCGUCGUCGUUGUCUCAGGAGAUAAAACGAUUCUUCAAACGUCAGAUGAAUUUCGCCAUCGAUUUAGCCAACUCAAGAACGCAUUGCAAGGAAAGCUUCCAUCUUACAUGCUUCCCACGUUCUAUGUUCCCUUCAGGCGCAUUCCAUUGACAUCCUCUGCGAAGACGGACCGCAAAAUGGUUCGCCUUUUGGUUUCUCAACUAGACACCAUCAUCCUACAACAAUACAUUUCUAAUGACUCAAACGAAAGCGAUGACCUUCCUCUGACCGAGACUGAACAGAAGCUCAAAGUUCUGUGGGCAAAUGUUCUAAAUGUGACACACUCAUCCAUUGGAGCAGGCGACCAUUUCUUGUAUCGAGGAGGCGAUUCACUCAUGGCCAUAAAGCUAGUGGAGCAGGCUAGACUGGAAUCUAUUUCCAUGACGGUCAAGGAUGUGUUGAGUUUCCCUAGACUUCAAGACCUGGCACGUACUAUCGAUGAGAGAAACGAAGUAGGCAUAAUCAGCUCUGCUCAGAUGGCUAAUCAACAUGACCCUCCCGCUUUUUCGCUUUGGAAACCAUCUUCAAGUGACAGGGAGACCGAGCUGGCAGAUAUUGCCAUGCAGUGCGGCCUUGGUACCGAAGACAUUGAGGAUGUUUAUCCUUGCACCUCAUUGCAGGAGAGCAUGUUGGCAGCUACCCAGCAACGCCCGACAGCAUAUAUUGUGCGUCAGAUGUAUUCUCUCUCUGACUCCAUUGAUCUAUCGCACUUCCGAAAAAUAUGGGACGUCCUGGUCCAGCAGGCUCCCGUCAUGCGAACUCAUAUUUUACUUGGGCAGCGCUCGGGUUCUUUGCAGGUUUUGUCGAAGAAACCUCUCACUUGGUAUAACCACGAUGACUUGGAUGAGUACGUUGCAGCUGACCAGGCCCGCGCUAUGGCUACUGGCCAGCCUCUCAUGCGCUUGGCUUUGGUACAAGACAAGUCGAAGGGUGUUCGAUACUUUGUGUGGACAGCGCAUCACUCAGUCUACGAUGGUUGGAGUGCACAGCUGAUUUACAAGCGACUCGCGGCUCUUUACUUAUAUGAGGAGGUACCAACUGCGGUUCCCUUCACAAGGUUUAUCGAGUACCAGCAACGUACCAAAGACGACAGUGAUAUCAAUCUCGGCUCAUACUGGCGUGGUCAGCUUGGAGGAGAUGUGCCGUCUGCCUUUCCUUCCAUGCCAUCUCCAUUCUACCAACCAAAGCCUGUUUCCUUGCAUCGCUCAGAAAUAGAUACUUUGUCUUUCAAGCCUUCCAAGUAUGGGUUUUCCCUAGCUGAUAUCCUGAGGGCUGGAUGGGCUAUGACUCUCGGACAAUACCUGGGCACAAACGAUGUGGUCUUUGGGGCGAUUCUUUCUGGCAGGAAUGCCCCCGUCGCUGAGAUUACCCAGCUAAUUGCGCCUACAAUUACUACCGUGCCAGUACGUGUGACUGUUGAUCGGGAAGCCAAGGUUUCAUGGUAUCUAGCAGCCAUACAGUCCCAGGCAGUGGAAAUGAUACCCUACGAGCACACAGGCCUAGACGAGAUCAAACGUCUUUGUCCUGAUCUUCAACCCGCCACAGAUGUCAACCAUGCUUUCGUUAUUGAACCACCUUAUGCAAAGGAUGGCGACGCACAUACUAUUCUUCCCGGUUUGGAGUUGGUUGAUACCGCCUUGGACACAUUUGAUACAUUUGCCCUUACCAUCCAAUGUCAACUCCCCAGCAAGCAAGGCGGUUCGAUCAAGGUCGAGGCUCGAUUUGAUGCCAAGGUUGUAAGUGACGCACAGGUGACAGUUCUUCUUCGGCAGUUUGAACACUGGGUCUCGCAGUUUCUUGACGAAACGCACCACGAGACACAGUUGAAGAGCCUAGAAGAAAUUACCUCUGCAGAUCUGGCCCAAAUCAAGAAACAGAAUUCCAGGAUACCGGUACGGGACAUGGUCUGUCUGCACCAUCUUAUACGGGAUGUAGCCAAAGAACAGCCAGACUCACCGGCGGUCUGUGCUUGGGAUGGCGAUUUUACAUAUGAAGAGCUAUGGACCAACGCUAGGAGACUUGCACAGCAUCUUUCAAACCUCGGAGUCGGUCCCAAAUCCCGAGUUGCUGUUUGCAUGGACAAGUCUAGGUGGACUGUGGCCUCCAUCCUAGGCAUCCUGGAAUCCGGUGGUGUUGUUGUGAUGCUGCGCUCGCAGUCUCCGUUAGAGCAAGCCAAGGCUCUAGUGGCGGAUUGCCAAGCAACUGCCAUGUUGGUCAAUGCAGGCCACACUGCCAGGUUCGCUGGCUCGGGACCACGUAUCGUUGAGGUCAAUGACGCCUUGUUGGCAAGUCUACCUGACCCAACUGUGAGCGGCCCUAUAUGUCCAGCUCUUAACCCCGGCCAUCCCGCCUGGAUUGUGUACACAUCCGGAAGCACAGGCCUGCCAAAGGGAUGUCUACUGAUCCAUGGCGGUCUUGCCACGAGUUUACCAGCACACGGGCGAGCCACACGUUGGCACAAGGAGUCUCGUACCCUCCAAUUCGCAUCGCAUGAAUUCGACGUAACUCUACAAGAAAUCAUGACUACGCUCAUCUUCAAAGGAUGUGUGUGCAUUCCCUCAGAGGAUCAGCGCAUCAACUCGCUUUCACAAGCUAUCAGGGAUAUGAAUGUCACACAGAUGGUGCUGACUCCAACCGUGGCUUCCAUGAUCAAUCCAGUUGAUGUUCCAUGUAUAGUUCAAUUGCAAGUCGCAGGCGAGUUGAUCAAGCCGAGUGUUGUUGAGCGCUGGAUCGACCAUGCCGAAGUCGUCAAUAUCUAUGGUCCUUCUGAGUGCUCUGUCUACUCUUCCUGUGGUACACCCAUGCAAACCAUUGAGGACGCACCUGUCAUUGGAUACCCGCUGGACAAUUGUAACUUCUGGGUUACCAGUACUACUGAUCACAACCGCCUAUGUCCCAUCGGAAUCCCUGGUGAGCUACUCAUCGAGAAUUCAUGGCAAGCUUGGGGCUAUGUGAACAAUCCAGAGCUGACAGCACAAUGCUUUGUCGUUGAACCUGGAUUCAUAAAACAACUCGGUCUAGAUGGUUCUGGAAGAAGGAUGUAUCGCACCGGCGAUCUUGUUCAGCAGAACCCCAACGGAUCAUACACUUAUAUCGGCCGUAUGGGCAGCGAAGUCAAGUUCCGUGGACAUAGGGUUGACCUGGGCCGGAUUGAGUACUGGAUCGGCAAGCUUCUUGAGGGAGUUCAGACCAUCGCCGUUGACCUAGUUGAGCUUGAUACUGGGAAGAAGGCAAAUGAUCUGGUGGCUGUCAUCGACUUCACUGAUGAUUGUGACUUGUUUGAUCUCGAUCAAACAGAAGAUAUUGAUGGUGUCGCCAUUCUUACGCCUUCCACAAAGAUUCGAAAAGCCCUUUGUCGUCUUAGAGAUGGAUUAACCGACAAGCUCCCAAGCUACAUGGUACCAACAGCAUUCAUGCCGUGGAAGAAGAUCCCAUUCACGUCGUCUGGCAAGACAAACAGGAAGGCAAUCCGCCAGCUGUUGACAAAUCUUGAGGCGGGGUCCUCUUUGCUACAACGCUAUCUUGCUGAUGGGGAUGUCAAAGAAGUCCCCCAAACCAGAAUUGGUAAGAAGCUUCAGCAGCUAUGGGCUGAGGUUCUAUCUGUCAAAGUCGACUCAAUUGGUUCCCAAGACCACUUUACGCGACUUGGCGGCGAUUCAUUGGCAGCCAUGAAACUUGUCGCAUCAGCUCGCCAAGUCGGUCUUGAGCUUAGCGUUACUUCUAUUUUCACGUACCCUGUGUUAGAGGACUGUGCUCGUAUCCUGGAAGCCGACCAGGAUUCUAGCCUCGUCAAAUUGCCAGAGGAGGACCCCGCCCCCUUCGAGUUAAUGCCAGAGGACUGGAGCACAGGUGGUUUUGAAGAUCGACUAGCAGACUUUGCUGCUCAAUGCAGAGUUGCCCCCAGCCAGAUCGAAGAUGUAUAUCCCUGUACCCCUAUGCAAGAAGCGCUGUUUGCCAUCACUGCACGAAACCCGACCGCCUACACAUAUCGUCAAGUAUUCCGAGCCAGUGGGGAAGACGUUGACAUGGUCCGAUUCCAGACCGCAUGGGAGACUGUUGCUAGCAUACUGCCUAUCCUUCGCACUCGAAUCGUUCUGGACCAGAGUGGUUUUCUCCAGACAGUGAUCGACCAGCCACUAAUAUGGCACAUUGGUGGUGAUUUGGACAGCUACAUAGCCGCGGAUAAGCUUGUGGGCUUCGAACCAGGCACACCACUUCUUCGCUGUGCAAUUGUCGAGGGAGGCGGGGCAAAAUACUUCGUUCUUACUACCCACCACAGCAUGUUUGACAAAUGGAGUAUCGAGAAGAUCAUGUAUCGAUAUCUCAUCCCUGCGUACUUUGGUCAACAGCUACCCGAGGCUGUCCCGUUCCCGAGGUUCGUUCGACACGUACUCAACAUAGAUAUGGACAGUGCAUCGCAAUUUUGGACUCAGAAGUUGGAAGACGAUGAGCCCUUUACUGAAUUUCCCUCACUUCCUUCUGUCGGCUUCUAUGAGCCGAAGCCCACCGGACUACUGAGUCAAACAUUCCGAAUAGACGGAGUCAAUAAGUUGGAAACGCCAUUUCCCAGUCUCCUCAGGGCAGCAUGGGCUUUGACAGUUUCCCAAUAUGCUGGUGCUGAAGAUGUCAUGUUUGCCGUGAAUCUUUCAGGUCGUUCAGCACCCGUGGCAGACAUCUCCGAGCUAGCCGCCCCAACGUUCACCACCGUCCCAGUCCGAGUCAGAAUAAACCGUUCACAGAGAGUGCGGGACUUCCUGGAUGGUUUACAUCGUGAAACUAUCGCGAUGGUACCGUUUGAACAUGUUGGACUCCGGAAUAUCAAGCGGUUUGUGCCCACCUUCAACCCAUCUGACCUGAGACACCUAUUCCUUGUACACACCGCUGCCGACGAUACCCUAGAUGACCCGUCAUUCCGACUACCUGGCUUCGAGCAGGUACACCAGAAGGCAGAGACGUUAGAUGACUACCCCCUCACGAUCUUGUGUAAGUUGGAUGACCACAAAGGAGAGGCUGAGGUAGUGGCCCGAUUCGACAGCACCGUCAUCCCUGCCGACCAAAUCCAAUCAGUCCUGCGACAAUUCGAGCACAAUGUUGUCCAGCUUGCUGCAAGUGCCUCUUCAGAUGAUCAAACAGUUGGAGGUCUUCCUUUGGUCAGCUCAUAUGACUUGGAUCGGAUCUCUGCUUGGAAUGUCACUGGUCCACCUUCUCUGGGCUGCGUUCAUGACCUUUUCAUCAGGUCCCUUGAAACCAGGCCUGACUCGCAAGCUGUCUGCAGUUGGGACGGCGAGUUUACCUAUCGCGAGCUUGAUCAGGCGGCUCGAAUCCUUGCCCAGUUGCUCGUCGCAGAAGGAGGCGUGGGCACCGAAGUAGCUGUCGGAUUGUGCAUGGACAAAUCCCGAUGGGCUAUGGUGGCUGUACUAGCUAUUCUAUAUGCCGGCGGUGCAGUAGUACCGCUUGGUGUUGACCUACCACCGGAGAGAAUCAGUGUCAUUUUGCAGGACUCAUCUCCUACUAUGGUUCUCUGUGAUGAGGCCAAGGCUGAUAGAUUCCGAUCGCUCGGCUGCAAGAUCGCAGUCGUGAACGAGACAGAAAUUGAUGGCGUGGCUAAAUCCUACGAUGGAUACAACCCUAAUAUUCCCUCGACUUCAGUCUCCGCCGAGAACAUGGCUUGGAUCAUUUACACCUCUGGUAGUACGGGAGUUCCUAAGGGUGUUACGCUGGAGCAUGGAGGCAUCUACAACAUCAUCCUGAACAAGGGCACUACCUUGGGCUUUGACUCGACUACUCGCACAUUCCAAUUCGCUGCCUUUACUUUUGAUGUAUCUAUCGCCGACCCUCUUAUGGCCUGGGCAUUUGGAGGUUGCGUAUGUCUGCCUUCAGAAGACGAGCGGAUGAAUGAUUUGGUUGGGUCCAUUAACAGACUCAACGCCAACUUUGCAUUGCUCACGGCCAGCACAGCCGCGCUGAUAACCCCAUCCGAGGUCCCCCGUAUGACAAAGUUACUAUUGGGUGGUGAAUCCAAUACACCAUCCUUGAUGGAAAAGUGGCUUCUGGAUUCUAACAUUACCGUGGGCAACAGCUAUGGACCAGCUGAGUGCUCCAUUACCAGUACCAUCAACGCCAGAGUGACGGACAAGAAUGGCUGCAAUAUUAUCGGAAAUCCCAUUCAGGGUACCCAAGCAUGGAUCGCGGAUUUUCAUGACUGCAACCGACUUGUACCCAUUGGUGCGGUGGGAGAGCUUCUCAUUGAGGGUCCCCAUGUAGCGCGUGGUUAUCGCAAUGAUGCUGUCAAGACAAUGGCGGCAUUCAUCACAGAUCCCAGAUUUACUACAGACGUUGGCCCUAAACGACAUGGACGCCGAAUGUACCGUAGCGGAGAUCUAGUGCGGUAUACCUCGGAUGGCAACAUCGAAUUUUUGGGCAGAGGUGAUUCACAGAUCAAGAUCCGCGGCCAAAGAGUUGACUUGGGAGAGAUUGAAUCAUGCAUCGUCAAGCUCGUGCCCAAGGUGCGAACGGCUUUGGUAGAGUAUCUCCACCUCAGUGAAGACCAACGUGCACUCAUUGCUGCCCUUGAGUUCCACAAUGCGGACAAAGACCAAGAUGUGGAAGGUCUUGCAACAUGGCUCAAGGAAUCACUAGCUCAGCAAUUACCGGCUUACAUGAUUCCCCGAGCAUAUCUCCAGAUCGACAUGAUACCCAAGACUGUCUCUGGAAAGACCAACCGCAAAGCUAUUCGCCAGUUCAUGAUGAACAAGUACAUGCAGAUUGCCGAUGAGAAUUCUCUAAAUGAUUUUCAGACCGGAAAGGUCGAUACGGAAAGCGAGUAUAUUACUCGUACGCUUUGGGCAGCAGUUCUUGGAGUCGAUGCAGACAGAAUCGACCGACAUGAUAACUUUUUUGACAUUGGUGGUGACUCCAUCAUUGCCAUGAAACUUGUUGCUGCUGCAAAGGUCAAAGGUUUUCAGAUUCGUGUGUUGGACAUUUUUGAGAAUCCAGUCUUGUUCAAAAUGGCAGUUGUCGCCCAACAUCAGACUGAAAUGGCACUUGAAGCUGUCUCGCCCCCGCCUUACUAUCCCUUUCAACUACUCGACAGCGACGACAACGACAUCGACACCAUCCUUGAGGAGUUUGUCUGCCCCGUCACUGGCACUGGGAAAGAGUCCAUCCAAGAUGUCUUCCCUGCCCCUGACGCUAUCGCUUUCGGCGUAGCAGGAGCAUUGACUGCAGCCCAGCCAGAAGUGAACACAUUUGUCCUCGAUGCAGAAGGCGACCUUGACCUGGUCCGUUUGCAACAAAGCUGCGUGCUCCUGGCCCAUCAUAUCGAAGCUUUCCGUACUGCUUUCGCAUUUGACCUUCGUAGCGGAAGACUUUUGCAAAUCGUUCUCAAGUCCUAUCAACACAAUGUUCUUGUCGUCAGGACUAGGGAGUCUUUGGAGGAUGCCACUGAACGAUUAUUCGAGAAGGAUAUCUACCAUGAGCCAUUCCGUCUUGGCACACCCUUGGUCAGCAUGACUAUUCUUCAAGAGCAUAACAGCCGAAAUACCCGUAUACUAUUACGGAUGUCGCAUGCCAUCUACGACGCCAUGUCUCUUCCGAUCAUCCUGAGAACCCUUCGCAGUUUAUACCAUAAACAGGACGCUUAUAAGCCACCUUUGUUCUCCUUCGCCGAGUACGUAGCGGAUCUAAACCGGCACACUGGCAACACGAGCUACAACUACUGGAGAAACCUGCUUCAAGGGUCAACCAUGACGGAGGUCAUUCCAACGGCAGCUUAUGGCGGGCAGAACCCUGUACAGAUGGCCUUUACCAAUGCCAAAAUGAUAGCCGUGCGAAAGUCCAAGGGAGACGGUAUAACCACUUCCACCAUCAUCAGCUGUGCAUGGGCCCAUGUGUUGGCUCAGUACACAGGGAAACCCGAUGUGGUAUUUGGAGAUACCAUUUCCGGGAGAAACCUGGUCGAUCCAUCCAUCAGCAGUACCGUCGUUGGCUGCUGUGCAACCAAUGUCCCCAUGCGAGUCAGAUUCGCUGGUGAUUCCGGCGAGCAUUCCAUCCUUCAACUCUUGAAUCAAGUGAGAGAUCAGCAACGUAGUCGCAUUCCCCACGAAGGUGUCGGUGUUCGUUCACUGAUACAUGAGUGUACGGACUGGUCCCCAGAAGCUCGCUUCACCUCCGUCGUCAAUCACCGACCAGCCAAUGAUCCAGCGGUCAAGUCUAUCAGCAACCAGAUUGACUUCAAGGUCAGCACCAUCACGACUGAAAAUAAACCAUUCAUGACUUGGUACGAUCUCGCUGUCAUCUCCCAAGAGAACAAUGGCCACGUUGAGAUGAGUCUGGGUUAUUCUACAACGGGCUUCCAUCCAGAGACGGCUCAGUCGUUACUCGAAGAUCUUGCCGACACUGUCCAAAUCCUUCUGAAUGCUGUGUCUUCUCAAGAUGAGAAAUUGGCCCUUCUUGGGACAGAGGUCAUGCCAAGGUCUUCCUCUAAACUCACCAAAUUGCAACGAGUUAAUAGUCCCAAGGAGCAGACUCUACGCAAAGACAAGCCAACAAACGGUGUAUUCAGCGACAAGCCCGACGAUGCUACCCUCAGUGUUCUUGAUACAAUUUGGUUUUCUAUUUUUACUUCAAAUCGCGCAGGUGUAGGAACGUUGGCGUCGGACGAGCUCACUCCAGACUUACGUUACUUGCCAUUCUACAAGGUGGGAGGCGACCUUCUUGAUGCUGCGUGGUUCAUUGCCUUGAUACAACGUAGGGUCAAGACCUCAGGGCGGGAGUCAAAUGGAGACGGGAUAUUAGCUUCGCAUAAUCAGUUGACUGUCGAUGAUGUUCUUCGUCAUCCCAGUGUGGUGGAGUUUGCGGGCCUUCUGAAGCAAAAACAAGUUGAGCUGAAUUAG